AUGGAUUCGGAACCAUGGUGGCUUAAAUAUAGGAAGAAAAAAUUGAAACCUCGAUACCGUCUUAGCAUUGAAAUGUUGAUCAGAAAAAGUCUUAGGGAAACGCUAAAAGAAUAUCUAAAUAGUUCUUCUAUAGCUGGGGUGAGGCAUGUUAUUUCUCAUGAAGAACCAAUUAUGGCAAGAAUAUUCAUGUUUCUUCUUCUAUGCGCCUUCUUCUCCACCGUGCUGUACUAUUUGUACCACACCUGGGUGUUGACCUUAGCGAAUCCCCUGGUGGUGUCUGGAGAAUCCUUUACCUACCCCAUCAAGGAUAUUGACUUCCCAGCUGUAGCUCUGUGUAAUAUCAAUCGGAUCAGCAGAAAAGCAUUAAAGAAGAAGGCUUUGGAAAUGUACCCGAAAAUGAAUAAACUGAAGAACAUAACCCUUCGUAAAAUGGAGGAGAUCCUGCAACAUAUGGGACAGUUGAUCAAUUUUGAAAAGAAACCGUCAAAUUUUGCUGACAACAAAUUAAUUGACGAUUACGAUAAGUUAUUCGGUUCUGAAACAGUGAAUAUUAUGAAGGCUAUGGCGCCAAGCUGUGAGGAGAUGCUGCUCAGAUGUUUAUGGGGAGGCAAGCCAGUGAACUGCAGUUCUAUCUUCUCAAUCCGGCGAACCGUCCUUGGCCAUUGCUGUGCAUUCAACUACGUACUAGAAUAUGGAGCUACUGAUAUGCUUAAUGGAACUUUAAGCAGAGUAAAGCGACAAAUAGUACCGGGUUUGAUGAACGGCCUGAGAGUGAUCAUUGACACUAUGAUCGAUGACUAUGCAUACCCACUACAUAGAUUUAGGCAAGGAUUCGAAUACCUGCAUAACCCGGUGUCGGAUAGAAACUGUUCAGACUCUAUGCAAAUGUACCCCAUACUUUCUGCCAAGUACAUCUCGACUACCAACAUGCACGCUUAA